AGAGACACAAGCAGGACGAUGAGGAAGAUUUUCCUAUGGCUGCCGUUGCUUUGCCUUCCAAUGGCCAAUCAGAAGUGCAUUUUUGAUGAUAUCCAGCCAUGGGUCAGAGCAGUGAGCCCACCGCCAAACCAGCCGACCUCUCCCCAACACACAGGAGACAAUCAAACCAGGAACACUAAUCCAAAAGCUCCUCAACGUACUGACAGAGACGCCUCCCAGAACCACCAGAGGAUAAUCAGGCAAAUUACCGCAAGGACACAAACACAAAGUAAUUCAUCAGGUCUUCUGCCAAUCAGAAUAAGAACAUGGAUUCCCCAGGAGAGCUUUGCCGUGUCACAUGUGGAAAGAAAGCGACUGGAAUUGGCCACGUCCAAGGCUGUCAAAAUUGUCUCUGAUAUUCUGUCAGUGGACAGAAUCCCUGGUCGGAUGUUGCUCAGUAGAGACAUCAACAAGUUCUGCAAGUUCAUCUGGAAGAACGCUACUGUGACCAACUACAACAAGUGCGCGAGAGCCAAUGAGCACUACAGAAUGGAGAAUUGCCUCGAUGUCACUAUCCCUGAUGACCACCUGAGUGGCUGCAGUGUUUAUCUCCACCCAAACUCCCCAACCAUGCUAGUUCUCAGAUCAGAGGGCAGGGGGCUUCCUGACACAGACUUUGUGCUGUAUCUUCACACCCGCAGUACCGACAAGUGCCAUGCAGAACCUGGUGUUCUGGCUUACGCAGCCCAUUGUCAGACAGAUCGACGUGGUCGGCCACUGGCUGGAGUUGUCGUCAUCUGUAGGAGUGCGUUUCAUGGGGAAAGUUAUAGCCAUUCCCGCAUGGUGCAGACCAUUAUGCACGAGCUGUUCCAUGUGCUUGGAUUUUCCAAAGAGCUUUUUGACAUGUGGAAGGAUUGUUCCCAUUCAUCCAGAAUUGGGGAGGACUGCGUAUCUCAUGGUCAGGUGACGAACAUAGAUGGGACUGGUCAGGUGAGGAUCUACACCCCAUCUGUUAUCCGUGCCAUGCAGAAACAUUUGGGGUCCUCUGAGGAAGAGCUGGGUGGCCCUCUGGAGAACCUGGCAGCCAAUGAGCCUUCAUCGCACUGGGAGGCCCGGGUUCUGCAAGGGUCCAUUAUGGCAGCAGCACUGGACAGACCGGAAUUGGUACGAGUUGAUCCACUUACCUUGGCUGCCUUGCAGGAUACCGGCUGGUACUAUGUCAACCAGAGUGCAGCUCAAAGGAUGGAAUGGGGAGAAGGGCAAGGGUCACUGUUUGGGUCCUUGGCCACCUGUCAUGACAUCUCAUCCACCUUCUUCUGCGCAGGCAGUGGAUUAGGCUGUCAUUACCUUCAUUUCCACAAGGGGGUGUGCCAGAGUGAUCAAUAUUUGGAAGGAUGUCGCGUUUACAAGCCUCUGACUAAUGAGAGCGAGUGCUCGAAGGAAAGGAACAAUAAGGUAAAUAAGGCAGAGGAAUGGAGUGGAGAAAUCUACAGCCCAGAGAGCCGGUGUUUCUUCUCCAACCUGAGCAGAGAGCGGGGUCUGUGA